UCUUAAUCAACCCCUCCGUACAGAUGAGUCUUUCAGAAAUCGCGAGCAACCUCAACACCAUGAAGGAAUCUCACCACUUGAAAGAUUACGAACUGGGCUUGUGUCACAAUUCCGUCUUGAUGCAAUGCAUCUUUUAUAUAUUGUUUGUUGUGCUAAAAUUUCUGCCCACAAAUGAAGAUCCAGAUAUAUACAUUGAGGUUGGUUUAAGAAAGUGGAUCUGCACAGACCUUGACGAUGAAAUGUGUGGACAAACAUAUUGGCCCCCUAAUCCAAAAUCUGUCACACAACUGGUGAAAACUGAACAAUCUUUUAAAACUGAUUGGCCAAAACACGAAGUGGAAAUUAAAAGAUUUUAUAAUACUUAUCCACAAGCCCGCGAAGCUGUUUCUGGAUUCCUCGCUGAUUCAAAUUAUGAAACAGAGAUAGAGCAAAAUAUGGGCCGAGGGAGAAGAAAGAAAAAGGCUCGGCAAAUUGGGUCAGACAGUGAUACUGAUUCUAGUGGCCUUUCAAAAAUAACGACAAAAAUUAUUCCUGCUCCCCCUGCUGUGCCUUUCAAAAAAGUUUCUUCUGAUACUCAAAAUUGGGAUACUGAUUCGGAUGCCAGCAUCUCGUCAAAAUUGUUAAAAAGUUCCUCUAUUAUUAAGUUAAAUAACAAAAAGCCUAAAGGAGGAAAAAUAACUGUUCAAAGAAAAGAGCCAUCUUCUAAGCAUUCCGCGACGGAAUUGAAGAAAGUAGUUCAAACAGCAAAAACAGUUGCAGCCUCUAAAAUGAAAAGGCCGGAAUCAUUGGCUUCAUUCAGCAAGACAAAAAGUCCCUUAAAAUCUUCAACCUCUUGCAAUUCAUUACUUACAAAUAGCCCUGUUAACUGUGACGAAAGUGCUGUUCAGGAAGGGAUGACUCUUUCUUCGAACGUACAAUCAUUGACGCAAGUACCUGACCGUGUAUUCAGUAAGGAUGAUUCAACUUUAACGAAGGAUCUUACAUCAACUGAUCAUCAACCAACAUCAACUUUUAACACUGAUUCUGUGGACACCGCGCAAUGCAGCAGCAAUUCUUCUAAUUGUAAUGAUAAACCAAAAUUAUCUAAUUCAAGCGCUUCCCAUCGACGUAUGUACAUUGUUUAAAGAACAGUUGCAUGAUAAGA